AUGCGCCGCCAGCAGAGCAACCGAAACACAGAUCCAAGUUCUGCGUCAACAGCUGGACAAAGUGUCGCAACCAACCCAGGCAAAGGAAGUUCCCGUGAGCCUUCUCAGAAAGUGCCGACAGAUUUGGUUCAUCCAGUCGAAGUGAAGCAAUCGGUUGAUGUUAAGAACACUGAGGUUGAGCAGAGAGAUUCGGAAAUUGGCAAAGUCCAGGACAAGAACGAAAAAACCGUCCUGUCUAAAGUCGAUGGUCCAGAUUCGCAGCCUAUUUCAAAAUAUGGGAAGCCCGCAAAACUCGGUUUGAAGCAAAUCAACUACAUCAAUGUCCAUCGCAAAGACUACACCGGUCGUAUUGAACUCUUGCAGGGUUCUGUAGAAGGCCUCGCGCCUGAAGAUGAGACGGAUCUUUUGAUUGUAUACUUGAGGGAAAGGGGUCAGUACAAGGCAAAUCAAGACUCUGCUUUGGCUGCGCUUAAUCGGGCGGGGUAUUCUCUUGCUCAACUUGAAAAAGAGACUAAGCCCCAGCCAUCGUACCGAAGACACUACCACUGCUGGCUUUCCCGUCCACUGCCCAAGCCACGCCCACCUGGUUUAGAGUUCAAGAGGCUCUUGGUUUAUGAAGACCCAGGUGAAGAACUAACGAGAGACGAUAACAUUAUACUGGAUAUUAUGAAAUGCUUGACCACCGUUAUUGGUGGUGAUGUGCAGAUUCAGUCUGUGCUGAUUCCUCUUUCUGGUGCGCUUCUCUCUCCAAGCCUCCGGAAGCAUUUCGUGAAAGCAGCAGUUCAAGUUGCAUACUCUUGGCUACAGAUGGGGCUCCCAGUUCGUGAGGUGAAAAUCCUUCUGCCUGAUACUGAUAUAACGAAAGACUUGGAAACGUUUGAGAAGGCAAAAAACAAGUUGACGAAACCAAGGGAAUUUCUGAUUCAGCAGAGUAUUAACUACGACGUAUUUUUUUCGUACGCUGAAGGAGACAAAGAAGCAGCGACAGAAAUGAUGGAAUACUUAAGAGGGAAGAACCAAUCCAUUCGGAUAUUUGACGCGGAACCAAGGGAAGUUUCUGUACGCCAAAGAGGCGUCGUUAACCAAGAAAUCACCGAGGCCAUAAGUCAGUCGAGGAUAUUCUUGUCUCUUUUAUCUGAUGAUUACUUUCAUUCUGUCGAGUGCACCGAAGCAUUCUCUCUCGCAUAUUGUCGUGACUUCGAUUCUCAAGGAAACUUCAUUAUUCCCUUGUUCUGGAGAAGCUGUGAUCUUACUCCACUGGCUCGCCGACUGGUUGCAACAGAGGGCGUGGACUGCAGAGAGGCAUCUUUUGACUCCGCCCAGAUGCUCUUAGAGGAAAUACUCUCCGCUCUUGCCAGCCUGAAAGAGGUUUCGGCUGGUGAGGAAUCGGAGGAAAUUGGUUUUGAUGGACAGAACCAUGAUCAUGCCGAGGGCGGAGCUGCGAACAUGAACCUCGCCGAUAAACUCUUGAUGGCGAAAGAGAAGAAUGACGACACUGGAGCUGGACUGUUCGACCAAGCCGACGAUAUUCCUGACAUCCCAGAGAAAAUACCGGAUGAGGCAAGUGAGGUCUCUGCAAUGUUCUUUGAUAAUAUCUGGCGAGAUCAAUGGGCUACCGACUUUUCCUCUAUUGUUUUCGGUCCUCGGAUCGGGGCUGGUGGAUUUGGAGAAGUUUACAAGUGCAAGUGGAACAAUACCAUGGUGGCCGUGAAGACGUUACAGAAAAUUGAGGAUGACGAUCCUCAGGCAGUUAUGGCUGAAUUCAUGGUGGAAAUGAAGCUGAUGUCAAAACUUAGUCAUCCAAAUGUUGUAGCUUUCCUUGGUGCAUCUAUUACUGCUCCUAAGCUUGCUAUAAUUCUCGAGUUUAUGCCAGGGGGAUCUCUAUAUCGUGCUAUUCACCGUAGAAGGCGCAAUAACUUGGGACCUUUUCCUCUCUUGAAGUCCCUUUGGAUUGCGUUUGGAAUUGCGAAAGGGAUGACUUACUUGCAUUCCCAGUAUCCUGUGAUCAUUCAUCGAGAUCUAAAAUCCCCAAAUAUUCUUCUCGGGACGAACGUUCGCGAGGUGAAGAUCACUGAUUUUGGACUGAGCCGUUUAAGGGUCAAGACUUAUGUGAACACUGGUCCAGGGGGCACACCUGAGUGGAUGGCACCCGAACUCUUGCGACAAGACCCAUUUGAAGAACAGAGUGAUGUGUAUUCGUUUGGUGUAAUUCUUUGGGAACUGAUGAUGUGUGAGAAACCUUGGAAAGACGACCACCCCAUGCAAAUUGUCUUUAAAGUGGGGUCCCGUGGCGAAAAGCUGGAGACCCCUCCUCCAAAUGUAUGUAUUCCCGAGGUGCGAGACAUGAUUGUUAAGUGUUUCUCUGGGGACCCAUUUGCUCGACCGAAGUUCUCUGAACUCACGAAGACCUUGGACUACUUCUGCCAUGACUCAGAUCUCAACAAGAAAAGUUAG